AUGAGAUCCACGCAUGCGUCGCCUUCGGGUCAAGGGCGUAGCUGGGGCUGGCCGGCGCCUCAGCCCUGGGCGUGCGCGAGACACGUGGGGAGGGAGCGCGAGCAAGCGUUUGUUGUUUUCCUCGGUCAGCCGCACAUUCCGGCUGGAGCUGGCGACGCGACGAGGCCAACGAAGGGCGAAGGUGACAGACGCUUGAAAUCCAACGAGGGAUCAGACGAGAAACUCAACCAGUUCCCGGCGCCGCUGCAGGAACUGCUGAGGAGCCUACGGAGGCUGCCUGCCAAGGACUGCCGAGCUCGGAUGGAGCGUCUUUUGUCGCUGGGGAACGGCCUUCGACAGCUCUCUCCUCAUCUCCGCACUCGCGACAACCUCGUCCUGGGAUGUCAGUCAGUUGUGCACGUUCACUCUGACGCACGAAAAGAUGAAACAGGGACACUGCGGAUGUACUACAUGGGGCAUGCAGAGGCACUGACCACGAAGGGGCUUCUCCAACUCCUGGUCCGAGGCCUCUCCGGAGCGACGCCGAAAGAAAUCGACAGGGUGCCUUUGAACAUCAUGGCGCUAGCAGGACUCAGCCACUUCAUUACUCCCAGCCGGAUGAACGGGUUCACAAAUAUUUUGACCAAGAUGAAGGCUCAAGCUGCGGCUGCGGCGAGGGCGGUGGAGGCUCCAACUGAGCAGGGGCCACAGCAAGACGGUGGAAAGAACUUCACUCCCUAG